GCUCUCAGCUCCGCCGCUUCACCCCGCUGAGUCAGACAGGAAUGGGGAAGUUGUGGAAAUGCUGUAAUGUCGCUACUGAAGCCGGUAAACUCGGCCGGAUUUACUGAUUAACUGAAUAUAAUAUACAGAGACCGGGGAUAUGACAUUCCGCCAGUUUAAGAGAGAGGUGUGAGGGGAACUGCUGUGAGGUGGUAUCAUGUUUACAUAUGGCGAUAUGGGUGUUUUUACUGGCAUAAUUAGCUAGUUUACUAGCUAGCAGUGUGGCUAACUCCCCUGUGGUAUAGUGUGACAGCAGCUAACUUGCUUAGCUAACUCAUUUUAAUUACCGAGUGACAAGUCGUUCGGUUGAGUCCUCCUUAUUUAACAGUACUUAUCUUACAUUUAUUAAAUCAAACGUAAUAAUUUAUUAAAACUAUAAAUUCUAUAACCUGUGUAUAUCCUAAUAGUUGGCUAUCUUAAACCAGAUUAGCCAGCUAGUUAGCUAGCUUGCUAAAACUGACCUGUGUAUAUCCUGACAGCUAACCUAGCUAUCUUAAACUAGAUUAGCCAGCAAGUUAGCUAGCUAACCUUCUAGCUAGUCAAAUUUGGAGUUGUUGUAAGUAAAUUAGUUUCGUUUGUAACGUUAGUUAAUUCAUAGUUAACGCUAUUUAGCUUUGUUUAUUAUUAUCAUAUUUGAGCAAGCUAAUGUUUUUAAACACGUGUCAACCUUUAACCAAAAUAAAAAAAUCUUAUUUCCACUGUAGCUUUUGUUUAAUUUGUUCAAAUUGACUUUAACGUUACUUCAGUCUUGCUAGUUCUAGCCAGCUAGCUAACACUAUUUAGCAUUGUUUAACAUUUAUCAUAUCUAAGCUAGCUACCUAGCUAAUACUUGAUACACUUAUCUCCCAUAAACCAAACGCUACGGUGGAAAUAAGAUUUAUUUAAUUUGGUUGCUUAGCUAACCUAGCUGCUUAGUUACCCUACCUCAGUCUCGCUAGUUAAUUCCUAGCUAAUUUUAUUUAGCAUUAUUUAACAUUAUUCUAGCUAAAUAUCUAAGCUAAUUCUAGCUAUUUAAACACUGGAUAAACUUGUCGUCAGUUUAACCAAAAUCUAGAGUGAAAAUACAAUAUUUACAAAUUGGUUAACCACUAACUUGCUAGAUUAGUUUAAUAAGAAAUAAGCUAAAAGUAAUCACAAGCAUGUCUGGCUCAGAAAAUUCUUGUGAAAUGCCCCAGUCCUCCAAAAAUGGUUACCACACCAAUAGUGGAUGUGAAACAGACACUGGAACUGAGAGAGCUGGAGGUGUAGCAUUAUCAAAUCUGCCGUCAGUCAAGAAGAAGAAAAUAGUUAUCCACUUCGAUCUUAACAACACCAUCCUGGUUUCUGAUGCUGUUACAAAACAAGGCACAGUUGCUGCUCUUGAAUAUUAUCUGUCCACUGUCACGUGGGGACGGAUGGCAAAAGGAAGAUGGGAGUGGAUGUGCGAGACUCCAACACUUCUUCCACCCUGUGAAGGUGCUGUGACUUACUACUCUCACUUUGGUAGAGUACCGGGCUUUACCUCUGGGCCGGGCAAGCGUUUCCGAAAAGUCCUUGAGGAGCAUCUUGAACUCUUGCAGUGGCCUUCCCACCUGCAGCCAGACAAGGAGCUCUCUAUUAAAGGAGAAGAUGGGAAGCUCUAUCACUGGAUCCUUCCAUCCUUCUUCCAGCUGCUGCAGGACUUGGCUUCCCAGGGACUGGAAUUUUCUAUCGUGUUCCGCACAUUCGGAACCGACCUGCCUCGCGUUUUGUUGGUUGUUCAGCGAGCCCUUGAGCAAGGGACCCAUCCACUCUUCCCUGACCUGCCAGCUCUAAAGUUAAGUGUGAAUGUAACAGCAGGCCGGAUCAGGUGCAGCAAUAAAGGUGCAGUUCUGACUUAUGGAGAGGAGCGUUUGUCUGCACGAGACGGGGAGAGGAGCCUGUAUCAGUUCAUGAGUUCUUCACAGGGGCUGAGUGGCUUUCAGGACCAUUUUGACUGGUGGGCACAAAAUACGUACUCCAUUUUGGGAGGGAAACCACUGUGGAUUGACCCCUUUGACUCUGCAGUUCAGCAUAUUUUUAUCGAUGACAACAUCCGGCAAAACGAUGAAGACACUAUUGUACAUCCUAAGGUUUUUUUGGAUCCAGAGGGUUCACAGACCCGCACGGCCUCCACUUCAGAACUGUAUGAUCUGUGUUUGGUACAAAAUGACCUCUUCAGAGCCAUUUCUGACCCCAGCUACUUCAUCCAGCGCAUACACAUCUGCAUGGAGAACUACGAAAGGAAUCUUCAGCAGGGAUUGAACUAGGUUUCACAUGUCAAUCUGUAGGAUGAUUGCCUGGGAAAAAAAGAUAAAGAAGGAAACAUGCUUGUGGUCAUGUGAUCACAUCCAUGAUAAAAUGACCAACUUUUUCAUUACUCAUGCAUCCCGUUAACUUGAAUAUCUAUAUGAACCAAAUAUUGAUUUCUGAUUCUUUUUGGAGCAUUUUUAACAGAUAAUCUUUGGAUCUCUGGUCCCAGCAGCUCAGACUGGAGCUCUGUUGUGUGUACAUCUGAAGUGGUAUGAAUAGCAUUUAAGUAAAGUUUUACAAAUGUGUUUAGCGCUAUAAUGCCAAAUUGGGAAUAUGAGGAUGGACAGGAGACUAGGUAAGGGCAAGACGAAGAAGAAGGAUGGUUCCAUAGUAAUAAUAAGUUAUCUCUAAUGUAGUAGUGCAAAAUAUCUCAAUACUUGAACUCUUGAUAAGCUAAAAAGUACAUAGGGUGAGAUUUAGCUUUUUUAUAUUUGAUAAAAACAAUAAGUAUGUUGCUUUAUUCAGCAGUUUAUCUACCGCCAUAUAUUUAGUACUGAUGUUACUGUGAUAUCAUUCAAACCAGCCCAAGUUUGUUCAUUUUGGAAGGAUGAAGUUUAUUUGAGACUCCCAGAUGUGCAGACAGUACAAGAGAACAGGCAGGAACAUCCAUUCUGCAGGAUUUAAUACUUGAAAUUAAUUAUUAUUAUUAUCCCCUUCUUACAUUAUCAAGCUGAGGUCUGAUUUUUUAAGUUCAGUGUAACCAAAUCAAAGCUUGUUAGUGAGGCUUGUCAUGUGAACAUAGCCUAAUUUGCCCCUGCAGUGAUGCUGUCUAUUCAAGACAGCUGAAUACAACAAUCAUUUUAAUAACUGAAUCAUCUGUUGAAUUGCACAUCAAGUAGCUUUAGUAGUGUGAAAGUACUGACAUUACUUUUAGUAGUGCACACUCUUAGUAGAUAAAACGUGGGCAGCUUUUAAACAGGAGGAAUGUUUCUGCAGAGAAGUGUCUCAAUAUCAGUGUUCUCAGGGUUUGAGUUAACAUUGAGUAGUAUUAAGCAUUUUUGUAGGAUUAUCAAAUUCUAUUUUACAUGUUAGGAUCCUUUGUGGAUCAUACUUGAAUUUCUACUUAUUUUACAUUGGAAGUGAGUUUUUUUUUAACUCUUUAGAAUGUAUUUUUCAUUGUGCUUUACAUGCCAAAAGAAAGUGCUGUGAGGUCUGGAAAUGAAAGAGUAAUGUUUAUCAGAUUCUGAUCUACAUUUAGCACUGAAUAGAAAUUUAGGCCACAAAGUUAUAUUUUUGUUAAUGAAAUAUAGCUGCAGUAUUUUCCUAAUAUACUGUUAGAUUGAGUUGCUGAAUUAAUGAAAACUAAAUGCACUGCAUUGUUUACACAAAUCAAACUCCCCAUUUUCUACUGUGUUUAAUUUUAAGAUGUAUUUAUAUUUAAGCAGAAAAAUUAUGCUUUGGAAAACGGUUAAAUUUUUUCACUUUAGAAUAAUUAAAGCUGCACCAUGAAAAUGAAGUGUAAAUUGUUUUACUACUGAUAACUGACACUGUGGUGCAGCUGACACUGGGUAUUUAUUUUAAUUUUGAAUAUAUAUAUUUAAUUAUAUGUUUGAGGCUUUUUUAGCAUGUUUUUGUUUGUGUCUUUGCAACUAAAAUAAAUCCUCAAAAGUU